CAAGUAGAAACAGUUUUUCUACUGUCAUUUUAUUCUCGUCAUGAUUUUUUGUCAACGUUAUCUCAACCCUUCUUGUCUGGUCUCAUUGACGCUUGCCGUUCUAGUCAAUUUAUCUUCUCAAACUUCGCUGCUGCAAAAUUCUCAGGUCAAGACGCCCUAUCUACGUGAGAAUAAAUUCCAUUUUAACGAUUAUAACGAUUAUUCUGACAACGAGGGUCGCAAUAGACACAAGGCAAACGACAGGGAAAGAGGACCCCAAGCACCGCCGUGGUCUCCGUUACUCAGCAGAGACGUUUCACCGAGUCAAAUCUCACCUGGCUCGAAUACAUUUGUCGAAGAAUUGGAUCCGAGUAUAAUUUGGGACGAUAAAUGGGCUUCGAAUAUCACAUUUGGCCAGUUAUCCGCAGUCUCUAUUGACCCAGAGGGUAACGUGGUAGUUUUUCAUAGAGGAAGUCGAGUGUGGAACAGCGGUAGUUUUGGAUACGAUAAUAAGUUUGACAGAGAAACAGGGCCGGUAAGAGAAAACACUGUCGUGCUUAUAAACAGCGAUAGUGGACAAAAGAUUUUGGAAUGGGGUAACAGCAUGUUUUACAUGCCGCAUGGACUUACCGUAGACCAUUUGGGAAAUUAUUGGAUUACCGAUGUAGCCAUGCAUCAGGUGUUUAAGUUCGAUGCGAAUGAUCUCGUUGCUGAGAAGUUGCAAAAUGUGAAAAUUGGCAGAGAAUUUGACGUCGAAUUAAAACUCGCGGACAGUCAUACGCUCGAGGAAAAGAUUGGCCGAUAUGAAAUCAAACCGUCUUUGAUUUUGGGCGAAGCUUUCGAACCGGGCAACAGUAACACAAGGUUUUGCAAACCUACUGCUGUCGCUGUACAAAAAAAUGGUGACUUUUAUGUCAGCGAUGGAUACUGCAAUUCGAGGAUAAUAAAAUUCAAUCCAAAGGGAGAGAGAAUAUUGACGUGGGGUCGGCAUUGGGAAGGUACAGAAAAUCGUUACUUCUUGCCACCGUCGAACGCAUUUUUAGUACCUCACGCGUUAGCGCUGGCGGAAGAUUUGGGUUACAUAUUUGUGGCAGACAGAGAAAACGGGAGAAUAUCGUGUUUUCAUACUAAUAAUGGAAGCUUUCACAAGGAAUACAAACACCCUUCUAUUGGUGAUAAAAUAUACAGCGUCGCUUAUGCUAACGAGAAAAUUUAUCUUGUUAAUAACGGCGCUUUAAGAUAUCAGCAAACUAGGGGCUUCGUCGUUGAUCUAAACAAUGGCAGUAUUUUAUCACAGUUCGGCCCUCAUCCAGGCUUGCAGAGUCCACAUGACAUAGCUGUUUCUAGUAAUGGAGCACAUAUUUACAUUGUUGAAUUAGAUCCGCACAAAAUUUACAAAUUUUCUCAAGUGGUAAACUCAACAAUUCAACAGCAGCAGCAACGUCGCAAGGAAGAACUGCCGUCCGCUGUUAUUCACUCGUCCGUCACACCUCCGCGUCUCGACAGUCUACCUUCGAGUGGUAUCGCCAGACCUGUUACUGCGAGUCACAAAGGAGUAACGGCGACGACGAUCGUCUUAUCUCUCGUAACCGCGGCUGUAGUACUCGUGGCACUCUGCUUUGCGAUAGCGGCUAUUAUUGCCCGAUGCAGAAAAAGAGGCUGUUUGCUGACCGUUCGCCGAGAUAUGCGUGGUUGGGAAUCCGAGAGGAGAGAGAAUUUCAAACUUUCGAAUUUUUCGGAAAACCGGAAGAGCAAAGGCAGGAAAUUUUUUGACAAACGACCAAAUACCCGAGACUUUAGCAAAUUAAAUACCGAACCCGAAACAUCCGAUGAUGAAAAUAAUCUUACUAAAUUAAUAUGAAUAUUUACAGUAACAAAAAUUUUUCCACCCCGUCAUUUAUUCAUUUCGGAGAACAAAGUUUCAUCUU